GUCUCCCUGCGCUCCGAGGUCCCGCCCCCUGCCUCAGCAUCUUUCCGGACGCGCGGAGCCGCCGGGGAAGAAGGAGGUUGGGCCUGGCGGCCCGGCCCCGCCUCGGCAGCCUCCAAUUGGGCGUGGGUGAGGGCACCCCCUCCCGCCGCCUUCCCAUUGGAGCGCGCGUGCGAGCGGCGCGCCCCAUUGGGCCGUGCGGAUUUGGGCACCAAAUUCAAAGAUUUUAAAAGUACCAGCUGGCGCCUUUUAGAAGCUAGAGCUGAGAAGCGGGUGGCCCGUUUCUCUGCCGCGGGCGCAGCUCCCUCACCUGAGGCGGAACCCACUUGCCCUGGCAUGAGCCGGUGCCCCUGCAGCUGUUCCCCACGGCCGCCCUCCGGUUCCUGCCGCUGCAGCUACGGCGUCCUGACAGCCGCCGGGCGCCCUCGCUCCUUGGACGGUUGUAAAGAAGAAAGUUCCACUGUCUCUGUCAAAAUGAAGUGUGAUUUUAACUAUAACCAUGUUCAUUCUGGAAUUAAACCGGUAAAGCCUGAUGACAGUAGAAGACAAGGUUCCUACACUACUGCGAAUUUGGAAGGUUCUUAUAAAGACUUCAUUAAAGACUAUGAAAGGUUAUCAGAUAUUGGGUCACCGAUUGUGAGCCCCAGGAUUGUAGAACUUGAAACUGAGAGCAAGCCCUUGCAUAAUAAGGAAAAUCUACAUGUACAGCAAACACUUAAUAGUUCAAAUGACAUAGAAGAACUAGAGACCAGCGGACCUUAUGAAGACAGUGGCUACUCUUCAUUUUCCCAGCAAAGUGGCCUCAAUGAACAUGAAGACAGUAGCCUUCCCCUGGUGGAAAAUUUCAGUGACAGUCCACAAUCUUGCCUGCUACGGACACAAAGCCCAGACCAAUAUCCCAACAAAAACUUGCUGCCGGCUCUUCAUUUUGAAAAAGUGGUUUGUUCAACAUUAAAAAAAAAUUGUAAACGAAAUCCUAAAAUAGAUUGGGAGAAGCUCAAGGAAUUUAUAUCCAGUGGAAAUUUUAGACUACAGAAUAUAAUUGGCAGGAAAAUGGGCCUAGACUGUGUAGAUAUUCUCAGUGAACUCUUUCGAAGGGGACUCAAACAUCUCUUAGGAAAUAUUUUGACACAGCUCAGUGAUAUGGACUUAAUCAAUGUGUCUAAAGUGAGCACAACUUGGAAGAAGAUUCUAGAAGAUGAUAAGGGGGCAUUGCAAUUGUACAAUAAAGCAAUACAAAGAAUUACCGAAAAGAACAUUAAGUUUUCACCACACGCUUCAACCAGAGACUAUGUUUUAUUCAGAACCCCAUUAGUAUCUGUGCAAAAGUCAGCCACCCAGACUCUCCCCAAAAAAGAAGCUCGAACCAAGUUACCUGAUCCAGGUGAUCAGAAAGGUUCUACUUACAGUCGACACAGUGAAUUCUCUGAGGCUGCCAGAACUUUGAAAAAGAAUGAGAGCCUCAAAGCCUGUAUUCGCUGUAAUUCACCUGCAAAAUACGAUUGUUAUUUACAACGGGCAACCUGUAAACGAGAAGGCUGUGGAUUUGAUUAUUGCACAAGGUGCCUGUGUAAUUAUCAUACCACUGAAGACUGUUCAAAUGGCAAGCCCCUAAAAGCCAGUUAUAAAAUGGGUCCUUUGCCUGGUACUAAGAAAAGCAAGAAGAAUUUACGACGACUGUGAUCUCUUAAUAAAUCAGUUGUAAGUGAUCUUGAAGGUUAGUUAGAAGAUGUUAGGUUUUAACUUAAAAAAA